GCCUUAUUGGGGUUCUUCCAGCUCAUCCCCCUAGGACGAACCAGAGGCCAGAAGGAUGGAGAUGACCACCUGGACAGAGGGUCCACAGGAUGCGGUGACCUUCCCCGAUGUGGCCGUGAGUUUUACCCCAGAGGAGUGGACCUGCCUGGACACCUCGCAGAGGAAACUCUACAAGGACGUGAUGCUGGAGACCUGCCAGCACCUGCGGGCUGUAGGGAAUCCUGAGCUGAAAUCCAGUGCAAUGUCUUGGCUGGAAGAGGAAGAAGAAGACCUGAGAGCCGUGGAGGGAGAAUGUGAAGGUCAACUUCAGAACACAGAGUCUGAUACCGAACCAUUGACUGCGGAGAAGGAAACGUCUGUUCAAAUCAAAACGGAGCAAAUCGAGGAGUGGGAAGACUACGAGUGUGCCCAGUACGAGAAGGACUUCGUGGCUGCGGGGGAGACGCCGUGCGGAGGGGCCACCUCAGAAGAUGACGACGAGUGUGGGGGAGACUUCCUGGACCCCAAGCGUCCACCGUCUCUGGAGUCCCUGCAUCUCCCCGAAACCGCAGCCACUGUUGAUGGAGUCCUGGCCGGGAAGCCUGGCAUGUUAUUUGGGGCCUCUUCAUGUGUCCACCUCCAUCCCCAGGUACACCCAGGCCUGGACCCCUAUACCUACUCGGGUGAAUACGGGCUUGACCUGUCAUGGCCUGCUCAUCUGGUCGACCCACUAGGAUCAGCCUGCCCGCCGCUGCCACUGUCGCUGCCGUCGGGGCCACCCGGGAGCAACCCCACUGUCAGUGCCACCACCGUGGCAGGGGAAGAGAAAGUCUUCAAGUGCGACAAGUGCUGGCGGGCCUUCGGCUCGCUGCCCAAGCUCACGCGCCACUUUGUCACGCACACGGGCGAGAAGCCGUUCCAGUGCAACAUCUGCGGCAAGACCUUCACCAGCUCUUCGUACACGCUCAUCCACAAACGGGUGCACACAGGGGAAAAGCCCUACGAGUGCAGGGAGUGUGGCAAGGCCUUCACACGCUCCUCGGUGCUCACCAAGCAUGUGAAGAUACACAGCGGAGAGAAGCCCUACAAGUGUCCCGAGUGCGGCAAGGCCUUCUCCAAGGCCUCGGGCCUGGCCGAGCACAUGAAGAUCCACAACUCCGAGAAGCCCUACGAAUGUCCCGAGUGUGGCAAGUGCUUCCUCAAGUCGUCGGGCCUGAGCGAGCACGUCAAGAUCCACACCGGGGUGAAGCCCUACAAGUGCGACAAGUGCGGCCGGGCCUUCUCGUCGUCGUCCAACCUCACCAAGCAUUUCCGCACGCACACGGGCGAGAAGCCCUUCCAGUGCAACCUCUGCGGCAAGACCUUCACCACCUCGUCCUACGUGGUCAUCCACAAGCGCUCGCACACGGGCGAGAAGCCCUACGUGUGCAAGAAGUGUGGCAAGGCCUUCACGGCCUCCACGCGCCUCACCAAGCACCUGCACUCGCACAAUGAGAGGCGCUACUAUUGCGACCUGUGCGGCAAGGCCUUCGCCAAGGCCUCCAGCCUGCUGCUGCACAAACGGUCCCAUGUGGGCGACCAGGCCUUCGCCUGCACCGAGUGUGGCCGGACCUUCCUUAACUCAUCGGGCCUCACGGCCCACAUGAAGAUCCACAGUGGCAACGAGACGCCCUACCGAUGCCAGGAGUGUGGCGAUUGCUUCUCCCUCUUCUCGCAGCUGGCCAAACAUGAAGAGGUGCACUGGAGGGAGGUCAUCGGCCUGUAGGAAGGGCACUCCCCAGCCAACCCCCCAAGCCAGGAUGAUCCCAGCUCCUGCGCUUUGCUGGAAGCGAGGGGUUUAGCUGGGCCAUGCCAUGGUUCGAGGCCAGGUCCUGCUGGCCCCUUGUGUAUGGCCCUGAAAAACAAAACAAAGACGCAGAAUAUUGAUGUUGGAGAGGGAGGUUACUCCCGAAUGUGGCCCGCUUGCUUGCUAAUCAUUGGAGAAGCUCUGGAGAGAAAGUUCGAGAAGGUUCUAGAAGCAUCUAGAAGGCACUGGGAAGGGGGAACUGGGUUUCUUUCUGCCUUGCCAUGUGCUCACAGCCCAGGGAAACUCAGGAGCACCCUCCUUCCCUGCCCAUCCCCAGGGAGGAGUGUUCAGCUGUCCCCCUAAACCCUUCCCUGCCUUCUGGCACCGGGGAAAGCAUCCAGUGUAUGGAGGCUGAGGGCAGCUCUUUGGCUCCCAGGACUGUACAGCCCUGCACUGCUUCCUCUCUGCCGUGUGGAGGAGCUGGACUCUGGGACUCUCCAGCUGCCCCGCUGUGGACCCAAGCAGAAGUAAGGGGACCCCCAAACCGGGAAAGGGGGACACCGGUUCUCAAGUGCUCCACCCCCCGCCCAGCCCAUCCACAGACACAAUGCGAGUAUUAAUAGGCAUUUGGGUACUAGGUACCCAGGAGUUGGGUGUGAGUACUAAAUACUCAGGUACUUGCUGGGUAUUAGUACUGAGUACCCGGGUACUCACACAUCCAUGACUGCCGGAUACCCAAGAGGAGCAGACAUGGGAGUGUGAGAGCCCCUCUCUCCCCAGGGAGGAGACAUUCUGGACUUUUCUAGAGCUGCCCUGCUGUGGUGGGCCCAGCCUCACCCCUGCUGCUUUCUCUGUUCAGUUCCUGGAUUCUGAUGGAUUUGGCCUGUUCAGGCCACCAGUGACUUUAUUUGGAAGAGGAGGGGAAACUCCCCUCACAAGGUUUUUGGGGGCCCCGGGAUGCAGUGCUGCCAACGCCACCCGGUUUGCCUGCCAUACCCAGGACCCCAGCCCCCCCCCCCGUACCCCCCACCCACCAUGCUCCCCGGCCCACAUUCAGCCCCAGGCUCGGCAGUAGUCACUAGACUUGAGAGCUAAGACAGCGACAAAAUCCAUUUGUAACCUUCGCAGGAUUGCCUGAUCCCGCCUAGCCACCUCGCUUUCCCCCCGUAACUAUUUAUGGGUGACACUUCGGAUAAAUGGAAAAGAAAAGAGGUUAGAACCGGGCCAUAUGCCCUUGGGGGACUCAUCACCCCAGUUCCCCAGUCUAGGGGGCUUGGAUGCCCCAUCCAGGAAUUAGGAGGGUCACAAUUGUUUCUUCACCCCAAAUAUGCUUCCCAGCCCACCUGCAACCUCACAUUUUUUGGGUUCCUUUCCCCCUUAUA